AUGAAGAAGAUGGGCCGCAAGCACCGGCACUUCUUCCGCAUCUGCGCGACCGACAAGCACACCCCGCGCGACGGGCGGGUGCUCGAGGAGCUCGGCACCUACGACCCGAUGAUCGCCGACGCGGACGCCCGCGUGACGCUCAAGAACGACCGGGUCGACUACUGGCUCGGCGUCGGCGCCAAGCCGUCCGACAAGGUCGCCAUCCUGAUCAAGAAGUACGGCACGAACGGCACGCACCUCGACGCCCACACCGCGGCGCGGGAGAAGCUCGCGAUGCCCGCCGAGAUCCCCGACGCCGGCGAGCCGGUCAAGUCGGCCGAGCCGGCUGAGGAAGCAGCGGCCGAGCCGAAGGCCGAGGAGGCCGCCGCCGAGACGCCGGCCGCCGAGGGCGACGCCGCUCCCGCCGAAGAAGCCAAGUCGGAAGAAGCUGCCGAAGAGAAGCCGGCCGAGGAAGCCAAACCCGAAGCCGAAGCCCCCGCCGAAGAGGAGGCGAAAGCCGAAGGAGCGAACGCGAUGCGUUUCGACGUGCUGACGCUCUUCCCGGACAUCUUUUCCGGUUACCUGACGCAGAGCCUGCUGAAGCUGGCGAUCGACCGCGGCCUCACCUCGGUUCACCUGCACAACAUCCGCGAUUGGUCACGAGGCAAACACCAAGAGGUUGACGACAAGCCGUUCGGCGGCGGCCCCGGGAUGCUGAUCAAGCCCGAGCCGGUCGUCGAGUGCGUCGAAGCCGUCCAGGCCCUGCCGGACACGAGUCCGGGCCGCCUGCUGCUGAUGACGCCCCAAGGCCGGCGGCUCGACCAGCCUUACGCAGAAGAGUUAGCGACCGGCGACCGCCUGCUGCUGCUGUGCGGCCGCUACGAAGGGUUUGACCAACGCGUGGUCGACCUGCUCGAGCCCGAAGAAGUCUCCAUCGGCGACUUCGUGCUCAACGGCGGCGAGGUCGCCGCCAUGACGAUCAUCGACGCGGUCGUCCGGCUCGUGCCGGGCGUCCUCGGCGACGAGACCAGCAACCAAGAGGAUUCAUUCAGCCGCGCCGGCCGCCUGCUCGAGCACGCUCAGUACACCCGCCCCCGCGAGUACCGCGGGCUCGAGGUCCCCGAGGUCCUGCUCAGCGGCAACCACCCGGAGAUCGCCGCCUGGCGAGAAGCGGACGCGAAGCGAAGGACCGCCGAGCGGCGGAGCGACCUAUUGGCAGGUGAUCAGCAAGACACCCUCCUCGACCUCGUCGAAAAGACCGCCCUCAAGACCGAGGACGUGCCGGAGUUUGAGAUCGGCGACACGGUCGACGUCCACACCCGCAUCCUCGAAGGCAACAAGGAGCGGAUCCAGGUCUUCAGCGGCGUCGUGAUCUCGCGCAGCGGCUCGGGCUGCAAGGAGAUGUUCUGCGUCCGCCGCAUCGUCAACAACGAGGGGGUCGAGCGCAAGUUCCCGAUCCACUCGCCGAAGAUCGCCAAGGUCGAAGUAACCCGCUCAGCCGACGUCCGCCGCGCGAAGCUCUACUACCUCCGCGAUCGCGUCGGCAAGGCGACCCGCCUCAAAGAACGCCGCCGCGAAGCGAAGAAGCGCGGCGAGCGCUACGCCGCCCGGCUGUUGCGGCGGAAGGGCCACCGUGUCCUGUUCGCCGGCAAGCGGAACCGGUUCGGCGAGCUCGACCUGGUGACGAUCGACGAGCGGACGCCCGAGCGGCGUCUGGUGUUCGUCGAGGUGAAGACGCGACGCAACGAGCGCGCCGGCGCCCCCGCCGAGGCGGUCGCCCCCGAGAAGCAGCGCCGCCUAACCCGCGCCGCCGCGGCGUUCUUGAAAACGCACGACCUAGAAGACCACCCGAUCCGCUUCGACGUGGUCGGCCUCGUCUGGCCGGUCGGCAUGAACCACGCAGUUGACCCGAACUCGAUCGGUGAAGCGCGUCGAGGCUGGGGGACGCGACGCUACCUCUACGUGAUUGCGAUUCUCUCUGCGUCAAUGGGAACGUUCGGCCCGGGCUGGGGACUCGCCGCCGCCGGCGGCGCACUCGUCGUGCAGGCAUUGGCUUCCCGCCCGUCGCAUCCGCUCCUUGCGUCGUUCUUGGGGACUAGUGCUCUGCUGUUCGCCUACAUGCUCCUGCCGGCGGUGCAGGAAGCACGAACUCCUUCGCUCCGAAACAUGAGCAUGAACAACUUGAAGCAGCUUGCGCUGGCCUGCUUCAACCACCACGACGUCAAAGGAACGUGGCCGCGCGCGUACACCCAGGAUGAAGACGGGAAGCGGUUGCAUAGCUGGCGUACGUCGGUGCUGCCGUUCUUGGAAGAACAGGCGUUGUACGCGUCGCUUUCUCACGACGAGCCGUGGAGCAACGCUGCGAAUCAGAAGGCGUUGCGAUCGGUCCCGAGCCUCGACAGUGUCUUCCAGUCUCCUCGCUACCCGAGGCACAGGACAUCGCUGCCAUAUGAAACCGAUUACCGCGCGGUCAUCGGUGAAGAGACCGUUUGGCCACCAGAGGGCGCGAUCACGCACGGCGACAUAACGGACGCCCCCGGAAAGACGAUUGUCAUGAUCGAAGUGGGCGGCCUCGGGGGCCAUUGGUUCGAGCCACGAGACCUCUCUGUUGAAGAGGCCAUCGACCUCCUCGUUGGAAAGACGAGUGACCGGGGCGAGUUCGUAAACCGAGGCUUCUUCGUCUCGAGAAACCUUGGGGCAGACGGGCUCUUUCCCCGCUUGGUCGCCUUCGCCGACGGUCACGUCGAGUCGAUCGGCUACUUCCGUUCACGCGAGAUGGCUCGGGCGUUCCUCACCCGCGCUGGCGGAGAAGAGACUCCAUACGCCUCAGAAGUCGCCGACGGCGUCGGCUCGAGCGAGACUCGAACGCCAACAGGCCGGGAGGGCCGACAACGCGUAGCCGGGGGCGUGAGCCCCCGGUCGUCGACACCGCCCAGCGAACAAGCCUCGGAAGGGGCGACAGCGGCGUUGCUCGCCGAGUUGCUGUCGCCCUUGCCGGGGCUUCUCUUUGAGACGACGCACGCGAACCAGGGGCUUGCGCCGCUGGCUACGCGCUUUCGCCCCUCCGGGGCUUUCUGGUACACGCCGCUCGGCUCGUUUGACCGAAACUCACGGGCGACGCCGCGUAGCGCCGUGGCGAGAAUGGCGAUAUGGUCGCCAACCGCCACGCCGCCGACCGCUAUUCCGCCGACGGGGGCCGACAAAACUCCAACGCCUUGCGGCGCAACGGGUUGCCGUCCGAAACCGGGGGGUUCUGCUCCAGCGGGCCGUCUCUUCGUCGACCUCGAUCGUGUUGAUCGGCCGAUCGGCGGCGAGGUGCUCCAGCGUCCAGCAGAGGUGCGCCAGGUCGAUGCGGUACAUCGUCGCGCACAUGCAGACGACCGGCGACAGGAAGUGGAUCUCCUGUUCCGGGUGUUCUUGCUUCAGGCGAUUCACGAGGUGCAGCUCCGUUCCGAUCGCCCACUUGCUGCCGGCCGGCGCCUCGCGGACCGCCUUGAUGAUCGCACCGGUGCUGCCCGAGACGUCGGCCAGCUCGAACACCUCCUGCGGACACUCGGGGUGUACGAGGAUCUGGAUGCCGGGGUGAUUCUUGCGGAACAGCUCGACGUGCUCCGCCUUGAACAUCUGGUGGACGCUGCACCAGCCGCGCCAGAGGAUCACCUUGGAGUCGCGGAGCUGCUGCUCGGUGUUGCCGCCCAGGUCGUCUUCGUGCGGGUUCCAAACCGGCAUCUGGUCAUUGGAGAUGCCCAUCCCCAUCGCGGUGUUCCGCCCCAGGUGCUGGUCAGGGAAGAACAUGACGCGGUCGCCCCGCUCGAACGCCCAUUCGAUGGCCGCCUUCGCGUUGCUGCUCGUGCAGACGAUGCCGCCGUGCCGGCCGACGAACGCCUUGAGGCUCGCGGCGGAGUUGAUGUAGGUGACCGGGAUCAGCCGCUCGGUGUCGAUCACCUCCGAGAGCUGGUCCCAGGCGUCCUCGAUCUGGUCGAUGCCGGCCAUGUCGGCCAUCGAGCAGCCGGCGGCCAGGUCGGGGAGCACGACGCGGACGCGCUCGCCGCCGCGCUCGGCGAGCUUCUCCGGCCGGUUGGCGAGGAUGUCGGCCGUCUCGGCCAUGAAGUGGACGCCGCAGAAGGCGAUCAUCCGGCAGUCCGUGCUGUCGGCCGCCAUCUGGCUGAGCUGGUAGCUGUCGCCCCGCAGGUCGGCCAGCUCGAUCACCUCGUCCUGCUGGUAAUGGUGCCCGAGGAUCAGCAGCUUCGGGCCGAGCUCGUCACGGACCGCCUGGAUGCGGGCCUGCAGCUCCUCGUUGGAGAGCGACUUGUACGGCUUCACGCCGUCGAGCGGCGGUUGGACGGCAGCGAUAGCGGUCAUUCGGCAGCGGGGGACGUGCUAGCGGUGCGGGUCCGCCGUGGCGCCGGCGCCGGCUGGGCAAAGUUUGCCGGUCGCGGCGCCGAUAUCGAAGGGGUGGCGCUUCGCGCCUGCCUUGUCUACGAACCACGACGCGAGCUGACUGACGUGGCCGAGCUGACGGCGGACCUCGCCCCGAAGAUCGUCGAAGCCUGCACGGCCAACGCCGAGGAGGCGGCCGGCGCCCUGGGCCGCGCGCUCGACGGCGAGUUCGUCGUCAAGCCGGGCGAAGCGAAGCCCCGCGCCGAGCUGGCCGAGGAAGCCCUCACUGGCGGCGGGCUCGUGGUGACGCUCGCAACCGGCGAGACCGGCGCGCUGGUGACCUUGCCGGAGUCGAGCGGCCUCGUGCCCGACUGGGUGAAGGAGCCCGAUCCGACUGGCGAGAGCAAGCUCAGCACGCUUGGCCAAGAGCUGAGCAUGUUGCUGCUGCCCGACGACGUCCUCACGGACGACUUCCAAGCCGCCUGGGUGGACGACCUGGCCGCGGCGGUCGAACGAACCGAGCCGAGCUACGGGGCGGUCGGCCUGGGAAUCGAGCUGGCGCGUGGCGAGACGCUCGGCCAAAUGACGCUGCUGUGGCCUGUCGCGAAGGCGAAGGCGGCGAUCCCAGAGAUCGAGGCCGACGCGGGCGAGGCAAGCGAGGGCAGCGACGCGGUCGCCGAGGCCGCCUCGGAGGGUGCGCCAGCCCCGGCUGCCGCCCCUGCCGGCAAGCGAGGCUGGAUCGGCCCGCCGCCGCGCGACUACCGCGACCUGCCGCCCAACGUGGUGAGCCACCUGCAGGUCAUGGUGCCGGUUUCGGCGAGCCUCGCCGAGCGGAAGAUGUCGGUCGAGGACGUCGUCGAGAUCGGCCCGGGAUCGAUCAUCACGUUCGACAAGGCGUGCGACGACCCGCUGGAGCUCUGCGUCGGCGAUCGAGCGAUCGCGCGCGGCGCCGCGGUGAAGGUCGGGGAAAAGUUCGGCGUCCGGGUCCAGGAGAUGAUCCUGCCCGACGAGCACUUCCGGCCGAUGCUGCCGAAUCGUUCCGCGUCUUAA